AUGUUUUCACAAGUAAACAAUUAUCGAUUUUGCGUUUCUGAACAAAUUAACAAUAUUUCAAGUUUUUAUGUUUCAGCGGACGGAGGCGAUAGGCGAAAGAGUGUUCUGCGAUCAAAAGAACGUGACGCUUUGAAACGGAAAAUCGAACAGCGCCCCUCCAAACAGAAGCUUGUCACGCAGCACAUCUUACUUACUGCGUCUAAUGCGGAUCCAUCUAUUCAGCGGAAGGCCGAGGAGCUGAAACGCUGUAAGCUGAAAGACGAUUUGAAUAAAAAAUUGCAACAUCGACCUGGUCCACUCGAGCUGAUUACCAAGAAAAUUUUACAAGCUGAUGCGGAGCUGGAGCAAGCAAUACAAGAGGGCCGCUUAUUGUUCACUAAAACUACCCAAAGAAAAGAGGUUGAGAACGAAGAGAAGCAAUCGGAGAUGGAGGUAAUAUCCGCGGCACCAGCUUGUGCUUAUCAAAGAAAACUACCAAAUGUUUGUUUGGCCAAAUCAAAAGUUCGUAAAAAAAGUUCGCAGUAUCGAACACCAUAUGACCAAACAUUACCAUCACCGAAUACUCGAUCAAAGUUAAAAUUGCAAGAUUCUGCUUCUACAGAUUAUCAAGAUGCGGAAACUAUAAAUGAUGCAUUGGUGGCUCAUGGUGUAUCUUACGUUAGCGAUAAUGCUUCAUUAUUUAAUAAUGAGGAUACGCGUGAAAUGCAGAGUAGCUACGAUCUUUUACUUCAGCAGCAACAGUUGUUCUUACAAUGGCAGCGUGAGGUUGAAGAGUCCCGAGCCCUCGGCACCUCACAGGAAGAGGAAGGACAGCAUUGUCCAGAGGAAUGUGCUACAUCGAGCGCAACAUCACCCUGCGUGACAGCAUCUACUCAAAGUUCGUUAGUUGAUACGGAUUGUGUUCACAAUGGAGUGCAGUCUGUAAUAUCUGAGCAAAUGCUAGAAAAUCAGCAGUGUUGUCAGUGUUCCAGUGCUAAUUACAGUUAUUCAGGGAUUUCAUCUGGAACCGUUAAUUUUAUGAGUGAUAAUGAAAAGCCAAGAACCCGCCUUGCAGACUAUCGAGUGCAAGAUCUCAAAAAUGAAUGCAAAAAGCGUCAGUUGCCCGUUUCCGGUGCAAAGCCACAACUACUGGAACGAUUAAGACCAUACGAGGAAUCGAUUUUGAAUCACUGUAGUGGAGUUACGUUAAUGGAUUCAUCAUCCGACUUGAUUUCCAUCUCGUCUCCAGCUCCUGAUGUUGCAGUACAGUCGAAUCGGUUACCUCCUAUCAGUAAUGUUAUCAGUGAUUAUGCUUACAAACAUUCUAUUUCACCUUUGGUACAGCGGACUCAAUCAGCGCAGCAGCACUCUCUUGCCGUACAAUUGCCUCCAGCACAACAACAGCACCAAGUUUUACAUCUUGUGGAUGCCAAUGGCUCUGUUGUUGCAACAGCAACAGUACCGCACAGUGUGCAGUGUUGUUGUAUGUCAUCCGAAUAUCCGCUCACGAAUAAUAUCACCCUAAACGGUACUAUCCAAUCUACCAGCAGUAUUCGAUCACAACAGCUACUCUCAACCACUACAGAACUAUCACAAAAUAUGGUGCAACAAGUGCAAACAGAACCUACUUUUAGUUUUGCACAGCUUGGUUCAGGUGGACAAUUCACGUUGGUGCGAACGUCUUCUGUUGAACAGCUGCAACAACAAGCUUCUCCUCACGUCAUGCAAACUGGACAACAACAGCAGCAAACUCAGCUGAUAGAAAGCACACUGCCAGGAAAUCCAGUUCUUAGUUGUCGUCUGUCUGGAUCUACUACUUCGGAUCACCGAUUAACAGGCGUAUCACAUCAGGUGACUGGAACACCAACACAUAGCAAUCAACAGCAGACGCAAGCACAGAUUCAGCAUGCUGGAACUGCAUCAAUUACACGUCCUACUGUAAAGCAACAAAACUGUCAUAACCAAUUCCUUAUAUGUAAUAAUAUUACGCGACACAAUUUAAAGGAUGGAAUAUCAGUAUCACAAAAUGCACUCUGUCCUCCGCUGCAAUCUGCACAGCCUCACUGCUCUCCCAUUAUGGCGGAUUCGGCCAGUGGUAGCUCACCGGAUAUUCCAUCGCCACCAAAUAAUUCUGAAAAAGUAACCGUGAAGAAGUAUCCUGCACAUGUUGAUCCAAGUGACACAACCGCCUUGCUAUCUGCAACGACACUGUCCAUUCAUGAAGAAAUGUUGCGAUUUCAACAACGAAAAAUUGAAGAAUUACAGAAGGAGCUGCAUCGGUCGCAGCAGCAGCUGAAGCAUCAACAGCAAGUAAUCCUUGCUGCUAAAAAAGCACAGCAAGCAAAAAGACAAGAAGACGCCAAAUUAGAAGGAAAUCAGCAGCAGUCUGAAGCAGAUAUGUGGCUCAAUCAGUUGGAUAUCAAACACCUGAAUAAAUUCCACAUACAACUUUUCUUGCAACAUAAACUUCAGCAACAGCAGAUGCAGGCUCAAAUAACAGAACAACAAAAUUUGGCUUCAACAGAAGAGAAACUGCAGGAAGAACUGCAUGUUGAACAAGCAGUUCAAGAUAUCGUACGUUUGAUCAAGCAAGAUGCACGCACUGCACUUCUUAUUGUCCAAUUACUGAGGCGUUAUCAGCUUGAAAGAAGUCAUGCUGUGGUGGCUGCAGCGUCACAAGUCGGUAAGGAUCAGAGUUGUGAAACGGAAGUACAACACAAUGUAAAAAUAGAUUCGAAUACCCUUGAACCAGUAACAGUCGGCACUUCACAACAUCAGUGUGGUUCUUUGGCGGAUAUAGCAAUAGAAUCAAUUCAAAAUACAUCGCAGCAGAAAGCCAGUGUCAUUGUUAUCAAUGAAGAUGAACUACAGCGUUAUGUACCAACAGGCACACCUUAUCCAAAACCUAAAAGUCGGAAAAAGAAUAAUGUUAACAGAGCAAGGACUGAUAAUGCAGAUUCACAGGAGAAAAUAUCUGGUAGUGUAGAUAUGGAGGAGAUUUUCAAACAGGUGUUAGAGAAUGCCUCGAAAGCUUUGAUGGAAAGUGAUGCUGAAAAACGGUCAAAAACAAACGUGGUUUCUUCGCCGUCUUGUUUUCCUGAAGAAUUCCAAAUCCAGAAAGUGACAUACAGCUCUCUUCGGCAACAAGAAAGCGGUAGUUGUCGAAAUGAAAGCAAUGGUGGCAGCAAUCCUACCGCCUUGCCAAGUUGUGACCAGCUUAUACAACCUUACGUCACAAAAACUCUGCCAACUUCGACACCUUACAGCACGAAACAGAAUGGUAUAAUCGAUGAUCAUUUUGUCGAAGUAUUCGAAGAAGGAGCUGUUGAUGUGUCGCAAACUUUCCAGUAUUCGAAAAACCAAGCCUUCGAUGAUCUAAUGGAUGUUUUGCGUGAUGACCAAGCAGGUGCUAAUGAUUUGAAAUCAGACAAUCUCGAUUUUGGUGCAGGAAUAGUUUAUGGAUCAGAUGAGCUAGCAACACUGUUAGGUGAUGAUUGGUUCCGUCAUGACUGUGCAAUACCAACAACAUCGCCGAAUGUUCAUAAUGAGAAAGUGGAUAAUAUAGAUGAGCGGGCAUCAAGUUUAAACCAAAAUGAUCCAUUAAUUGUAUCCUUUGGUCACAACCAAAUCGUGGAUCAGAACAUUGGUAUGGAUUGGUUGGAUAUGAUGUUACCUUCACCAUCACCGGAUAUGGAUACCAGUGGAAUUGAUUCAACGCAGUGA